GAUAGUUGUCCUGGGGCUCAGUAUCAGGCUGGACUCUAGAGGCCGAGUAUACAGAAUCCUCUAUCCUCCUCCUUCUUCUUGGUUCCUGGUAUGCUCAGGGUAUACCCAGAUACAGAACACAAUAUAUAUCCUGGUUGAACUAGGUUCCAGGAGGUGGAAACUGUGUGUUCUGAAUGCUGGAGUAUGAUAAAACCAAUAUUUAUUGGUUUCAAGGUCUCCUCCCCCCCAACCCUCGUGAUAUUGCAGAAGAAAAUUGCGUAAAUUCAAGAAAACUCUGUUGGAAAUAAUCCACAAGCUAAAAUGAAUAAACCCUGAUGUACUGAAUGUACUAUGUAAAUUAAGUGAUCUGUGUACUGUAUGUACUGUUUGUACAACCCUGUGAUUGAUGUAUACCAUGUGAACUGAGUCCCUUUAAGGCCCAGUGUACAGGUGUACAACUGUACAUGAUGCCGUUGACCCGGAACCUGGUGGGGACCUGCCCGGGUGGGUUCUGCAACAUCAUCAUCAACUUCAGCGAAAUCAUUGUCGUUAUUCUCCUUCUAGACUGUUUUUUCUUCCUUGUAACACUGCUCCCCUGUCUGUUCUCCUGGAAGACCUCUAAACCUGAUUCUAAAAACAGGAUUUUCUUCGCUGCACUGGCCAGCCUCACCUUCUACCUGUGGUUGACCCUCCUGGCUAUAAACAGUUUGUACUGUUUCGGAUUUCUCGCGCAUUUAGGACCAUGUGGAAACCUAACCUCCUCCAGCCUCCAACACAAGGAUUAUAAACUAGUUCAUGAGCCUCCUAUACGUUUGGAGGCCGGGGAUAUCCAUGUGGAGGAUAAGGAGGAUUUGUUCCUGAACCUAACCUCGGAGGCUGAUGUUUUAGUAGAUCAGUGCAACAAGGAGACAGAGAAUUCAUUGAAUAAUAUUACUUUGAUGAACAUCAUUAUUGUUCUAGUGCUUCUAGUUACUAUUGGAGCAAAUAUUAACGAAGUUUUAAAUGCACGAGCACUCUACCAUUGCGAGACAUUCUGCAGAACUGAAGAUCUUCAGAGAUUUCUCAGUUCGCUUACCAUUAAGCGGCCCGAGGUCGGUCACCUAGUUAAAUGCUUCCAUACUUCUAAAUCAGCUGACACAAAGACUAACACCGUGCACAAAGUUGUUACCUACAGCACUGUUGAAAACUUUCAGUUCCAAACAUGGAAGGAUUUUUCAGAUUUACGUUUGAUUGAGCCGAGCAAGGAAUAUCCUGUAAUAGAGGUCGAGAUCAGUCUUAACUUUUUCCCUGGGGAUCAUUCUACAGCUGAUCUUUACAAACAAUUCGUUCAAACCCUAACCAAGGAUAACUCGGGAAAGGAUCUCAGGAUCUCUAUUGAUGAUUACUUCCAUAUCGAAGAUCAGAGAGAGUGGACAUUCUUCAUAGGAAACCAGGAUUAUAUUGUUCCAUGGUGGGAGAAGAAUCCUGCACGGAUACCUCUAUCCUGUAUCCUACUCCUAGGCAAUAGUCCAUAAAUUAUUUUUGUUGACAAAUUACAAUUUUUAUCACAAUUUGACAGCAUUUUGUUCAGACAAAUCUAGUCUUUAU